UUUCCAUAUUCAUGUUUGAAUUUGUAUUUGUUUUGUGUUUGUAUUGUGCGAGCCGAUUUUAGAAUAUGUGAGCUGGCCGGUGCUUAAUAAAUUUAUAAAUAAAUAUAAAUAAAAUAAAGAAGAAUAAAUACUAAAAAUGUCAAUGCUCACUCAGUAUAUAUUAUAUAAAUAUAAAACAUAACCAUUUGAAAGUUACAUUAAAAUUACCUAACUAUAAACUUAAACUAAAAUAAAGUUUCUCUUCAUCCAAGCUUCCAGCUCCUUCAAGAGCCUUUUCAAAGUCAUUUUGAACUUGAUAAUUUAAGAGCAAAAUUUACCAUAAGUAAAUAUAACUGAACGAAUAACAAAUUAAGUGAAUAAACUAAAUAUAAACAUAAUGAACUAAAAUAAUCAGAAAAUAUGUGGAAUAAUUAAGAAAUAAAAUACAGUGGCAAGAUCAUGCCACAUUUGAAUAGCUGUUUGUUAAAAGGGCGGAAGUCACAUUAUUUUCGAAAAUGAGAUUAUUGUUUGACAACAUUAUUUGACAGACCCAUCGGUUUAUGUAAAAAAGACAGUUGUAACACCUACAACAAUGGUCGGAAAUAACCUUUUAAUUUUAUAAUUUACGUUAAAAGGGCUGAAGUCCUGGACUUAUGCCCUUUUAACAAAAAAUAAAUUUAUUGCGUUAUUUUCAAAGUUGACAACCCUGCAUGAUAUUAGCAUUUAAACAGUUGGCUGUUCUGUUAAAACAAAAUACAGGCUGAGACUUAUGUUUAACCAUCGUUGGCACUCUUUGUUUGGUAAUUUGUAAAAUGUGUGGUAAUUCAGAUGAUAUUCCUGAACAACAUAAAGGAAAGCGGCGAUAAAAUCCAGCCAAUUAUAAGCGUAAUGUAAUUAAAAGAUCUCGGGUGAUGGGACGAGAAUAUGAGAACCAUGCUGGAUGUAAAAUUCCUUCUAAAUCCAUUGGCAUUGAUUGUCGGUACUUAAGUACAGUACUAAUCAAUGUUAAUUCUAAUUCAAUGUAUUGUUGCUAUUAAAUGGUUAGUUAUUAUACAAUGAUGAAAUUAAUGCUCUAGAAUUAAAAAUAUGUGGUGUAAAUAACAUAACCUCAAUUUUCUGCCAUCUAUAACAAAGUUUCAAAGUUUUUAUACAUAGUUCUUCCUUCGAUGUGUUUUAGGUGCAAAAAGAAAUGUUUGAAUGGUAUGAUAUCUGUAGAGAAUCAGCUGUCAGUCUUCAGCCAUUUCUAUAAUGAAUAUUCUUCAAAGGAUGAACAAGACAUUUAUUUACAAGGCCUGAUGGACGUUGUAGAUGUGAAGAGGAGACGACCGCGAAAUGAUUCAGGGAAAGAAGAUUCAUCUUCUGUAUCACUUUGAAGAGCAACAGUGGUUGAGGUUUGAGGUGUACGAUGUAGACACCAGCGACCCCAGCCUGGACAAACAGGACUUUCUGGGUUGUUGCGAAACAACUCUCGGACAGAUUGUUUCAUCGGGCAAACUAACCCUCCCCUUGAUGGGAAUGCCAUGUAAUAAGGGGGAGUUGAUUGUAAGUGUAGAGGAACUGUCUGCUUGCAAAGAUGAAGUCACCCUCCAGUUUUGUGGCAGAGGCUUAGAUCGCAUGGAUUGGUUCGGCAGGUGUGGCAUUAUUUGGUCUGACCCGUUCCUGGAGCUGUCGAAAGUGAGCGAGGACGGGGACUACCGGGUGGUGUUCAGGUCGGAAGUGAUCAAGUGGACGCUGAACCCCACCUGGAAGCCGUUCGUUCUCCCCGUCCGCUCACUGUGCGGGGGCGACAUGGAGCGGUCCAUCAAAGUGGCCUGCUUUGAUUGGAACCGCAGCGGGAACCACAGCCUCAUCGGAGAAUGUUUUGUGACUCUGUCGGAGCUGAGUCGGGGAGCUGCAUCUAGCACCAUAUACCAGCUGUGCCACCCAGAGAAACAGCGAAGGAGGUCGUACACAAACUCUGGAGAAAUUCACUUAUUGAAAUAUGAGAUGAAAAAGAUCUACUCUUUUUUGGACUACAUAAUGGGAGGCACACAACUUAAUUGCACUGUGGCCAUCGACUUCACAGCAAGCAACGGGGACCCGCAGAGCCCGGAGUCGCUGCACUUCGUGGCCGGGACGCAGCCCAACCAGUACGAACAGGCCCUGUGCGCGGUCGGCGAGAUCAUACAGGACUACGACUCGGACAAGCUGUUCCCCGUGCUGGGGUUUGGCGCCCGCUUGCCACCUGACGGCCAGGUCUCCCACGAGUUCUUUGUCAACAUGCAGCCUGACAGUCCUUUCUGCACCGGCAUACCAGGUGUGAUUGAAGCAUACAAGAAGUGCAUCCGCCAGAUUCAGCUGUACGGCCCAACCAACUUCGCUCCUGUGAUAAACCAUGUAGCCAAGUUUGCAGAGACGUACACAGAUGGAUCGCAAUACUUCAUUUUGCUGAUCAUAACAGAUGGUGCAAUCACGGAUAUGGUUCACACGAAACAGGCUAUCAUACGAGCAUCAAACCUUCCAAUGUCGAUAAUAAUAGUGGGUGUUGGCAAUGCUGAUUUUAUGGCAAUGAAUGAACUUGAUGGUGACACGAUCCCUCUGUCCCACAACAAGGUCGUGGCUGCUCGGGACAUUGUGCAGUUCGUCCCUUUCAGGAAUUUCCAGAGAAUAACUGACCUAAAAAUUGCUAAAGCAUACCUGGCGAAAGAAGUGUUGGCUGAAAUUCCAGACCAGAUAGUGGGCUACAUGAAGAGCAAAAACAUAGUUCCCAAGUCAAUGACAUCCGGCUGACACACAAGUUAGUUCAUAUUGACUUUUUCGAUGUGAAGCAUAAGUGAUCAGUGUUCACCUACUACUGAUUCAGCUAAUAACUACUGUGUCAGUUAAUAACUGCAGUUCUAUAAUAAUUUUGAAAAUACUGAACGUACACACACACACACACACACAUAUAUAUAUAUAUAUAUAUAUAUAUAUAUAUAUAUAUAUAUAUAUAUAUAUAUAUAUAGUCAAAAAUUUAAAUGUUUACAUGUUUUUCACGAGUUGUAUUGUUUUAAAUCUAAAUUUUUAAUUACAAUGUUUCUAAAUAAAAUAUCUGUAUUUCACUAAAUAUUCAAAUAAGUGGAAAUAUUGAUGCAAUUUAAAUCCAAAUAUGUAAUAAGAUAUUUACAGUGUCUGUUUUCCCUAUAUACCUUUGUGGUAUUGUCUGCAAUAAUUAUUGAUUUUGUUGUGGUGAAUAUUUUUUGCCUAGAAACAUAUUAGGUUUGUUUUACUUGCCAUCUAUUUUUUCUCCGUAGGAUUUGUAAGAGUUUUUAGGAAAAGGAGUCACAAAGACUUGUAACUAUAAUUUGAAAGAAACUGCUUUGAUAAUAUCUAAUGUGUCACAAAUAAUGUCAGCUUAAUGAACUAGGUUGUAUUAUGUGUUUUUACACAUACUGUGAGUAAGGAUAUGUUUCAUAUAACCUAAAGUAAUUAAUUUAAAUAAAUAAAAUGUAUAGUAUUUUAUUCAAAAAACAGUAUCUAUACAAAUAUGAUUGUAAUUUUUACAUGUAAGGUGAUAAAGUAAGCAAUCCAUUUUCCUAAAAUUAAAAUAUGCUAAACAUCGUAAACAGCUCAGACGUGAAUGAUAGCUUGAAGCGCCGUGCUGAUGACUUGCUCCCCGCAACGUUUCCUUGAGGGGAGGAGCCUCAGGAGCAUGGCCUACUUCGUGAGUAAAACAACUAGUGGCCAUAUGGUUUUCGGCAGGUAAAGUGCAAAAGAACGCCCUAAGAUUUGAGAAAGGUGAAAAGAAAGGGGGAGUAUAACAAACUUAUUGUGUUGUUAUAAAUGUCGAGGUUGUAUUGCUGUUGUUUGUUGUGGCAUGACAUGACCUGAAUUCACAAGUGAGUGCCUACUUUGGAAAAUAAUGAGAGAUUGUGCUGCAUUGAAAAAUGAGUUAUUAAUUUUUAUUAUUCAGUUUGAUGUCUUGUUUUUCCAUUAUUAGCUUACCAUCAGCCAGUGAUUUUUAUUAUUGUAGUACGUAUCCAUAUUUUUUUUAGAAAACACUCAAGGGUAAAUAUAUAUUUUUUACUAAAUGGGUUUUAAUACAAUCUUUUUUAUUACUUGUUAUGGCCUUUGCAGUUAUGUGUUUUGAUGAAGAUUUAUCUAUUGUGGGUGCUGUUAAAAAAAAAUUGUUCUUUCAGUGAAAACUCUGAACAUUUUAUUUUUUUGAAAUAACCAAUGCUAUUAGGUGCAAAUGGAAUCAAAAGAAUAACUAAUAGCACAUUGUCUAUGGUGCAGAAUAUAAUUAUUUCAUUAAUUUUCAAGUAGCAGAUUAUAGUUAUAUGUUUUUCAUUUCAGCUUUCUGUCAAAGCAAGCUUUUUUUUUCUCUAUAAUAUUCUAAUAAUACUGCUGGAAUAAGACUGAAGUAAAUGUGUACUCUUUAAACACAAUCUUUACAUUACAUAUAAGAAGUUAAGUGAAACUUCAGAAAUAUAACAAGGAAAUGUUUCUCUGGAUAAUUUAGUGCUAAGUUAAGAAGUUUAAGUAUUGGAACCAAACUUUGCUAAUCAAUCAAAGUAUUAUUAGCAUUAGUUUGAUUGUUUUUACGUGUAGUAAAUUAUGAAAACAGGAUGGUUAAGGAAAUGUUCACUACCAGUGUAGAAAUAUUAUUUAAAAUUUGAAUCAGUGAAGGUUGGAAAGUUAAUUUUAUUUGUUCACCUGAAAAUAUUUGUUGAAUGGAGAUGCCAGUGUCCAGUGUGGAUGAAGUUAUAGCACUAAUGGUACAUUGGAAACGUAAGUUGUGUCUGGCUGGUACCCGGUACCGUGCGCCAGUUGACUGUGCCAAAUUAUGUUUAUAAAAUUCUGUUAAUGCAGCUUAAUGUAUAAACAUUAAUAAGAGAAGAAUCUUCAAAUUACACCAAUCCCUCACUUAACGCGACUAAUGCGUUCCUAAAAAUGUUUGUGUUAUUAAAAAUCACAUAGAGUGUUAACUCUAUAUAACGGCACUUAACGGACUGAGCAUUUUUCGGCGUUAUAGAGAGUGGUCGUUAAAUGAAGUGAAAUAAAAGAUAUAAUUUUACCAUUCUAUAAUAAUAUGUAUUUACUAAUAUAGUACACAUUUUACAUGUCUAUAAAACCAUGAUAGCAUCGCAUGAUCAAGAUCUUCAUAUGUAUUGAGGUUUCUUUAAUUUCUUAGCAGAUUUUCCAUCCUCCUCUGCUUGCAGAAUUUUUUCUUUGUUUUUCCAUAUUGUAGACACGGUAGAGCGGCUAAAUCCAUAGCGUCUUCCAACUUCUUUGAUCUUUUCUCCUGCCUCUAUUGAGCGUAUUAAUAAAACUUUUUCGUUUAUUCACCAUACAGUUCGAAAGUCUGUAAGCAACUGCGAUAAUGAUAACGUGUAAAAACUUGACAAAAGUCUAGUGACCGAGGUAAAUAUGUGCCAGUUCAUCAUAUAAAAACAAAAGACAAAAUUUCUUAGAAUCUCCGGUACGUUUGUCUAAGUAAACACGUGCUAGAUAAUACAACGAAACAGCAAACAAAAGAACGUACACAGCUGCAGUUCUAAUCAACUUCGGCAACUUAGAAACUACUGCUUAAUGAUUUAUAAUGCCGUAUUGUUGUUGUUAAAUAGAGUGAGCGUGACGCUAUAUAGAGUGUAUUAUUAUAUAGAAAACAAGGUAAACCAACCAAAGUCAAGUAAUUUCCACGUUUUAAGGAGUUUGUCAUUAAAUCGAGUGACGUUAUAAAGAGUUUACACUGUAUUCUGAAGCAUUAUUCUCCAUAAAUAGCAAGGCUAAUUUACUUAAUGUUUCCAAAAUGUGUAGAGAAAUAUUCUUUAUGUAAUAUAAAUGCGUAGAAUAACACUCAAUGAUAAAUGUGUCACACCCUUAUCUUUAUAAGCCUACCAUAGAAUACUUUGUAUGACAAAUAUGACACCACUUAAUGGGAUAUAGUUGGUUAUGUACUUAUAUCAGUUGGCUAGUUGACUUGCCCGCCCGGGCGUGACUUUCAACUCAACUUCGCAUACCUUUCCAAGAACAUUCCAAACCAUCCUUUACUGGCAGUGAAACUGAUAUUACUGACCACAUAUAUACAUUUUAAUUAUUCAGAAAGUAAAGUGUCUAUUCAUGUAUCACUGCUUGGUUCACACCAACUGUCAGGCCCAUGAUUUUAUUUUUUCAUUGCACCAUUCAUGUAACAACCUUUUCCAUGAGAAUCAUCUGUUCAUUUAUGUUCGAGUAUCUAAUGUCAAAUAUAAUCCUUAUGGUACAACCAACAGUGUCAGACUUAUAUAAACAUUUGAUAGAGUCCUUAUUUCGUACGAUUGUGCACACAGUUUACUAGCUUAAAACUAAAGUGCGACCUACAUAAGUGUGGCUUUCGUGACAUUCUGCAUGCGGUAAUGCUUCUAGUUUUGUCUCAAAUACUUGAACACGAUGCAUUACACUCUCACUUGGAAGCAAUGAUUCCAAAAUUAUCCCAACUGCAGAUGCUUGCGCACAUACAGUAACCGGCAUACGAACGGGCCAACGUGCUUGGUGUUUGUGUGUGCGAGUUCCCUGCCACUGACUAGACAGAAGUUCAUCAUGACCCGAUCUGUUGCCGGGUGACAACGGUACUGCUGGGCGCCAUACGCGUUGUAGUAAAAACAUUUGGUCAUAUACACUCCAUAGACGCAACUGAACUUGCCUUAGCUGAUGUUUGUACAACAGCCGAUAGCGUAGUCAGACCUGCGUGCGUAUCUCUUCCCCCCUCGUAUAGCUAAUUGUAUGCCACUGUACAUUUGUUGUUUACCAAGUCGAAGGAGACAUUGUGUUGUUGCGCCCGACCUUUAUUUUUUUUUUUUGCCUGUGGCAAUUUCGUGCUGACUGAAAUUUACAGACGUGCUAUUCAAGACUAGGGCAGUAAAAUUAACAUUGCACUAAAUGAAUUCGCGCAAUUUGAAGUUGUGCUAAGUGUGGGAUUGGUGUAUUUACUACAUACACACCAAUAGUAUAAAAUAAUAGUAAUAAUAUUGGGUUCAUGUCAUCUUUUGUAAAACUUUUUGAAAAUGUUAUUGAGAUCACAUUUGUUUGUAUGUAACACUUAAAUUUAUAAUAGAAACAUUUUUAAUAACAGACUAAAGUUAGUUUAUGCUACAUAAGGCUUUUACAGAAAGUGAUCAGUAGAGAGUAAUCAGGUUAAUACAAUCACUGUUGGUUUUCCUGGUUGUUUUCAAACACUUGGGUAAUAUUCAAGUUUGUUACUUAUUGAUACUAUUAAAAAUUAAGUAAGAACUUGGAAGCAUAUGUUUAAUAAAUUACCAGAUGGUUAUGAUGAUGAUUAACAAUUAUUUAUAAAACUAGCUUAUUUAAAAUUAAGCAAUGCUCUAUGAAGUUGUAAAGCACCUAAAAUAAAUUUGAGCUUUUCUGAUGGUUGGUUUUUCUCAAUAGAAAUGAUGUUGGUGAUAAUGGAAACAGUGAACUUUCCUUGAUCUUGUAAUGAAAGAAAAAAUACAUGGUUUAAAAAUAAAUGCUGCAUUAGGCUCUAUAUUAACAGUACAAUAUCAGCACCAUUAUAUAAUUAUAUAAUACCACCAUUUGCUACAAAAAAUAUUUGUUGCAUUGGCAUUUGUAAUUUUUUUUUCCGCGGAAAUUUUACGUAUAUUGUCUGUUACAACCAACUCACCCAACUGCGAUACAGGGUUAGCUCAAAGUUCAUAGAGUAGGGAAUCGAGUCAACCUGGUUACAACCCAGUAGACUUUCUGAACGGGAGUAAUUAAUUACUGAUAAAUCUUUUUUAACAAACAGAGUAAAGGUUCUUUCUUAACCCGAAUAACCUGGUUUUUUUUCGUGAAUGCUACAGAAGGUCUGAAUUGUAAUGUUUUCAUAAACAUUUGUGAUUGUGGUUCUGUUUGAAAUUUUUUUGUGUCAUGUAUCUGAGCAAAACUUAUUAAAUGUGUGUUAAAAUUGUAAAAGUUGAUUUAACAAAAAUAUAAUUUUUUGUCAGUUUUAUUGUUUUUGUGAGAGCAUUUGGGAAAGUGUAGGUAAACUAACUACGACUCAAUUCUGAUAGGAAAAAUAUUCCCGACUAAAGUGGGAAAAAGUGUGCCUUUUUUUAAUUUUAAUUCAUACUGCAAUUUUCUUUGAAUUGUAAUCUAUUUAUCAUACAAAGCAAAUGAGUUACAGUGAUCUAUCAAACCAUAUAUUUUGUUUGAUACAUAAUCUUACCUUGGUUCCUUUGAAAGCAUAUUUUUUGGUUGGUUAUAUAAUUAACAUGUGUGUAUUUUGUAUUUUUGUGUGUCCAUUACUGUUUAUGAAAAAUACUAGGAUUCAGUGAUACAGUUUAUCAUAAAAAUAAUAGAUACCAUCGUAAAACUAGGUUUUCAAAUAGUUCAUGACUAGUGUACAUUAGUCAAGUAUACUUAUCUGCAUUCACUGAACAGAUCUGUAUUCUUGUAAUUUUUCAAGUUAUAGUGUGUAAAGAUAUAGUAUUUGGCAAUUUUAUAUCAUAUAGGGCCAAAUUAUACCACCAAACUUUCAUUUGUGGGCUGGUGUUCCAUAUUCUGUAUUCAGUUGUGAUGCAGGCAUUCUUUAAAAGCUUUUUAUGGCCACUUGUAAUGUAAUGUGGGUGCAGGUAAUAUGUAUUUAAGUAGUUAUAUAUCCUAAUAUUGGACUUAUUUAUUAACUGUGAUUUUUUUUAAUUGCACGUGUGCCAUAUUUUUCAUAGUACAGUACAGGGUUGAUGUGUCUAUGGAAUGUCUCACAACAGCUGGACUGGUGUGUUGACAGUUCACAUUGUGUGUUCACAUUAUCACUGUAAAUGUGUUAGUUGAAAAUUUUUAAAUGUAAUUAUAUUUUUUCAGUAAUAGUAUGGUACAUUAUAGAACAUUUCUUUUUCAUAUGUGUGAGAUAAUGUUUUAAAUUGUGGAUCUUUGCUGAUUCAUCAUUAAGUUAUUGCCUUAUUGUUUGAAUUUAAAUAUUGAUCUGGUGUGAGCACUGGAAAUUUUUGUAGCAUCACAAGUUAAUUUUCUGGUUUUUGUAAGCAUUCUUUACUUGAUUUCUCCUGUUCUCAGUAAAAAACAAUUUCCAGCGAGUCUGAACACAGUUGCACAAUGUUUGAUGUGUUAGCAUUCCUAUUAUAUGUGUUAAACUGUCUAUAUAUAUAUAUAUUUUCUACAUUUGCUUUUUUUUAAUUUGGUUGUAAUUGUAAGUUUUAGGAAUUAGUGUCCAUGCAAGUAUGUUUUUUUUUCCAUUGUGAUUUGGGUAUGUUCAUUUGCUUCAGUGUACACUUUGUCUUUUCGUAGGGCCCUUUGUAAGCAUUGUUCCCUUGCAACCUUCCCUGUUUAUUUGCAUCUUUGGAAAAAUGCACUCAUUUGUUCGUUCUUAUUUUAAUUUAUGUUCCAAUGACACACAUAACCUGAUAUUAAAUAAUUUCUUCUUAUGAUAUAAAAAGUCUAAUUUUUUAGUGCUGUUUAGAAGUUAAUGUUUUAAUUGUUUGUCUUAUUGAACUUCUAAAUAAUUUUAAUGCAGUGGUAACAGCGGAAAAAUGAUAAAUUAUAAAGACUGUACCGAGAUUUAUAAAGUAAUUUUUUUUUCCUCUAGUUGUUCAGCCACGACAUUUAUUAUGUUGGAGCAAACAGUUCAGUUGAAAAUCACCAAGAAAAAUUUGGUAACAAUGCAACAUGGCGCAUUGGCAAGACACUGGACUCAAGUUCCGAGGACCUGGGUUCGGAUUCCGAUGUGGUCACCUUGUUUCUAGGGUUUCCCAGAGUCUCUCCAAGCAACAUCUGAGAUGGGUACUUACUGUAGGUUGUGUUUGACACUUCCGUACAUCCCUGCUUUCAUGCGUAGUGUUGCUGUACAUAAGUGUCUCUAAUGAAAUUUGUAUUCACGAGGAAAGGAAAAAAGUUCAAUUUAAUAAAGCAUAAGUAUUGAUAUCAAUCAAGAGCAAAGAAGGGGACUGUGUGUUUUAUCGCAUGAGCAUCGCACAUUUUAUGCUGAAAUCGAGUUUGAAAAGUAGGGGUGCAACUUUUAUGCGAGAAAAACAUUUUGGUUGAGGUUAAGUUAUUCAUAAAAACAAAACCUAUUCAUGGAAAAGAAGUUUUUUUUAAAAUGUAGGGUAUGCAAAAGCAUGCCAAAGAAUUUAAAUUAUUAAGUCAUCCAACUUAAAUGUAUUAUGUUAAACUUUAAAUAGAUAAACAAAAACAGUGACCAAAACAUGAGCCGGAACUAAGAUAUAAAUAUUGUCGUAGUACACACUAACCACGAAAGAGUGUGGGCUAUCAAAUGUAGUUUACUCGGCACUGGACAGAUUGCAUACUUUGCUUGCAAUUGGCGAGCUAUCAAUAUCAAUAUCAAUAUUCGACUAACUAUACAGUCAUCAAUGUAACCAAGCAUGAAUGAUGCCAACUAGAGUGUGCUACAUUUUUAUAAUCAAUACACAGUGGCAAUGAAAACAAACAUAUAAAGACUAUAAUGUUUUAAAACGUCUUUAAAAGAAAAUUCACACAUCAGACAAGUUUGCAUUGCUGUUAUUAAAAUGAUAAGCUGUAAUAUCCAAACAAAAAUAUAUUUAAAUUUCAAAAUACAUUUUUUUAUAGGAAAAGAAGUUUAUGGAUAACAUCUUACUUGGAAAAAAAUAACGUAUAUCUUAUUGAGGAAAUGGCGGGACUGAAACAUUUCACCAUAUUGGACGCGAAAUUUUAUUUUGCGGGUAAAUAUAAACGAGUUUUACUGUAAUGUAAUUACUGUAUUUUCCCAUUAUAAGUACCAAACUGCCUGACAGCAACUUUAAAACUGAUUGCUGUUUCACGGUGCUUCAUCAUGUCAUAUUUACUACCUACACAAAAUGCUCGGAAUCUUAAAAGUGGGAUUAAAAACAUCAUGCAACAUUUAUGCGAGAAACAUUUUUUUCCAAAUUUUGAUGCCCUUAAAUAACGGUGCCAGGACUAUGUGAGUGUGAAGAAUAUGCAAUGAAACGUGGUGGUUUGUCCGUUAGUCCAAGGGCACUAAGCAGGAGCUCUCGAACACGACCAUAGCUACGUCAUUAAUUUGUUUGUUCAUGAUUUUUGUCUUAACACUGCUAGAUCCAUUUAUUUAUAACAUUUUCAUGUAAAUUUUUAUUUUUGUUUUGUUAUACAUAUUUGUUUACAAAUUGAUUUGUUAUGUUUUGUGAGAUGUUAUAUUUUUAUGUCAUAUAGAGUUUAUAUUACUUGUUGUAGUAGCCAUUUAUUAAAUAGGUUGAAAUAAAUUUUAAGUAAACACUGAUUAUUUUCCUACUUAGUGACAAAGAGAUUUUAGAAUGUAGUCAUGUGGUUUUGUUAGAAUAGCCAGUGGGGAAAAAAAAAGGUUUUUAAAGUAUAAUUAUGUAUUGUUUUAUCUUUCUUGGCUAUGUACAUACAUCAAAGCAAAUAACUUUUCAAAUGUGAUUAAAUAGAGUAGUUUUAUAUAUAUAUAUAUAUAUAUAUUUGUGUGUGUGUGUGUGUGUGUGUGUGUGUGUGUGUGAAAGUUUCAGGUAAAUUUUGGAUUAAAAAUUUGUUGCAUUGGAUCAGUUAGCUAUGUUCAAGCAUGCUUUUGUUAAAAUCACUAAUGUCAUACAUAUGUAUAGUGUUGUAUAUAUUGCGUGCAUAGUGGUUGAUACAAUUAGGCAGUUGGUACUGCGGGUGGCGGGCAGUGUGUAUGUAAUGGCGCCGUGAGUGAUAGAUUCGUAAACACUACAUGGUGUCAGGUGUAAAAUAAUGGGUUAUACGUCACAUAUCGCGAUUUAUUCUUUCCAUUUACGGUUCUUUAUGGGUACGAGAUAAGUGCAAUCAGCGGUUCAGAGUGGUGCUACGGUAAUAGUGAUAUAUUGCUGUCUUGUAAACGUGGACGAACUGGUCGUGAACACAAUGGCGAGCGCGGCGCAGUUUCAAAUUGUACCACCGGACAAGUUCGACUUUUGCACGCCGUUCGAGUGGCCGAAGUGGAUAAAAUGAUUCAAAAGGUUUCGUUUGGCGUCCGACUUGCAAGCAAAGUCACAGGAAGCUCAAGUCAACAUGUUAUUGUACUGUAUGGGUCCAGAAGCUGAUGACAUGAUGGAAACAUUCGCACUUCAGUAGGAC